GGUGGUUUUACAAUAUUUAUGGCACGCGAUAACAACUGUCAGGAAUUUACCUUCAACAGAAACAUGACAGAAUAUAUUGAUGGUUUUGGAGACGCUGGUGGUGAUUAUUGGCUAGGACUGACAAGAAUUAAGGAAAUUUUAGAUAACCAUCAGAGAAACUGGCUAAAAGUUGUCCUUAUUGCAAAGAACUUUUUCGAAAAUCUCUAUGAUGAUUUCUCAAUUGGAGUGGCAGCGAAUGGAUACCCAAUUCACCUUGGACAAUACUACACAGGGGCUAAUCAGGGAUGUGGAGACUCGCUAACAGGAGCUGUAAAUAUCGAAGGAUCUCCCUUCUCAGCUCCUGGUUCUGACCAAACCUCCUUCAACUGUGCUGAUACUCGCCGAGGUGGUUGGUGGUAUGCUAAUGAUUCGAGAUGUAGUGAAAGUCACUUGAUGAGUUCUCGAGAUGCUAUGCUAUGGCCUACAACCCUGGGUGCUGAGCUGCAAGACUUUGUUUUUUUAAGAAUUAGUCCAUAUCCAUAA